CGCCACAUAGUCUUUACCCUCGCACUAAGGCACACAGCCUGAUAGCCUCGCCGUUUCUUAUCUUCCUCGCAGCGCCGGCGCUCCAUCUUCUGCUCCGUCCCCCACUCGCGCUCGGCAUGACGGCGACGGAGGCGGCGCUCAGGCUCGGGCUCUCAGCGACGGCGGGGCAGUCCCAGGCUCGGCGGCGGCAUCAGCGGCUCCUCCUCCCGCCUCUCUCCAGUAGCCUCACGACCUCGCCUCCGUCCUCCGCACACCGGCCGGCGACCCUGCGAUUCAAAUCUGUAUCACAUGGUGUUUCUUCACAGCAUGCUGAGAGGAUACACUGCCGUUCUUCUCUCAGGCAAAACACAAUAGUUGCAUCUGAGAACGAAAAUCCACCUUUAAUGCCGGCAAUCAUGACUCCUGGUGGUGCUCUUGAUCUCGCAACUGUACUACUGGGAAAUCGUGUAAUCUUUAUUGGUCAAUAUAUUAACUCCCAGGUGGCACAACGUGUGAUAUCACAGCUUGUCACACUUGCUGCCGUCGAUGAAGAGGCUGAUAUUCUGAUCUAUCUUAAUUGCCCUGGUGGAAGUCUCUAUUCGAUCUUAGCGAUUUAUGAUUGCAUGUCCUGGAUAAAGCCCAAAGUUGGGACAGUGUGCUUUGGUGUUGUUGCUAGUCAAGCAGCAAUCAUCCUUGCAGGCGGCGAAAAGGGAAUGCGCUAUGCGAUGCCAAAUGCUAGAGUAAUGAUUCAUCAACCUCAAGGUGGAUCAGAGGGUAAUGUGGAGGAGGUGAGGCGACAGGUUGGAGAAACCGUCUAUGCUCGUGAUAAAGUUGAUAAAAUGUUUGCUGCUUUCACCGGGCAACCACUUGACAUGGUGCAACAGUGGACAGAGAGGGAUCGGUUCAUGUCUUCUUCAGAGGCCAUGGAUUUCGGAUUGGUUGAUGCCUUACUGGAAACAAGAUACUAGAGAAAGGACACAAACUCACAUUUUAUUAGCAGACUUGAAUGCUGCAGAACUGGAGCUGAGCUUAGAUGUUGGCUGUCCAUCUUGUUUAAGGCCCUGGAAUUACGGAGGUGCAUGCCAAAGAGCAAGAUUCGCUGUUGUGCAUACAUAGAGCAAUAUAUGUUGAUCGGCCACUCUUUGGACUACGACUUUCCUUCCAAUGCAUUUGUAGCUGUAACAUUGUCCAGAUUAUGUUGGCACAUAGGAUGGCCUUGUCAUGCACUCUCGCUAAAGCUAUGAACCCUGUUUACUGUAGGCCUAGAUAAUCUUUGCGGAUGGGAGAAAAUUGUCUUUUUUAUAUAUA